UUAUGAGUUUGUGGUAAAAUAGAAUAUCAAAGCGACGAAGCCUCCAGCCGCAAUUAGCGCUAGCAUUCCUUCCGUUGGCUUGAACUUCGGUAUACCCCCUCCUGUACGUACGCGUAGCUACAUCCGCUUUUGCGCAAUAAAAAAGGAGUCUCAUAAAAAAUAAUAAUAAAGAAGUGGUAAAGGGCGUUGUUUUUCUCGUUACGCCAAGGUUUCUCGGCGAAGACAAAAUCAUGUCUGUAUUUUCUCCUCCAAGGUAAGCAGAGCCGUACUUAGCUGUGUGAGUAGCUAGCUACGUAUCUUACCACUGAGUUUACUGUUUUGUUACGGUCACUUCGUGAUAGCUAUUGCUAGCUAGAUAUUUUCUCGCCAAAAUGUCUUUUCCCCUCGACGACGACGCAAACAGCGACGGUGGUGGACAAGAUGGAGUCCGGCAGAAUGUCGUGGCCAAGAAGAGACGACGGCACCAGAACGUUGAGAUAGACGAACUUGGGGAACUGGUGCCGUACCGACGAGCGGACGGGAAGGCGCUCGACAAGCUCUCCGUCCUUCGGCUCACGACCUCUUUUUUCAAGUUUCAGGAUUUCAUGACCACCGUAUAUGGUGCUAAUGGAGCUCAUAACGAGAGUGUACUAACAGAUAUGCUGGAUGAGGCAAUGGAUGGGUUCCUGAUGGUCAUUGCCAGUGAUGGUGUGAUCCUGUACGCCAGUGAGAACAUGGAGUCCUUUGUGGCCCUCAGUCCUCGCGACGUGAUUGGUCACUGUCUCCACGACUUCGUCCAGUCAGAGCAAGACAGCAAAACCAUCACCAAAAAUCUUGAACCAAAAGGAGACAAGCCAAGUCAAUAUCGAACGUUUUUUCUUGAGCUAAGAAAUUCUGCAUCUCCAAAGUCACCGCUGUGUGGCAAUAAAAUGUUACUUCGGUUGAGUGGGCAUUUGAAAGUGUCAGUCGACCACCCGCCUUGCUCCACUCAAAAGUCAUCUUCAGAACCAUCUUUAGUGAUGACAUCAUCAUCAUCUGAGGAGGAGACGGGACCUCAUGUGCUAGGUCUAGUGGCAGAGUGCCGGCCCAUGGCACUUUCUCUCUCCAUACUAGAAAUGGAGUUCCCAGACUUAUCGUUCACCUGUGUUUUUGGCCUGGACCACAUGAUGAGGAGUAUUGAUGAUAGAAUCAGGAAUAUUCUAGGGUUCGAACCGGAAUAUUUCAUUGCGUUUUCUUACAAAGACUUUAUGCAUCCAGGAGACACGGAGAUGAUGGAGCAGGCCCAUGAGUUCCUGGCAAGAACUGGCUACGUCUGCAAGCCGCCAUACCGGGUAAUGUCGGCGUCAGGCGACUGGGUCUGGAUUAAGGCUGAAGCCGUUCUGAGAUACAACAAGAAAACCAAAAAACCAACUCAUUACGACAUGCUGUGUAAGGUGGUGGGGUAAGUCCCUUCAUUAAUCCAGCGACAGCUGCACAAGUUUCUUACGCUUCCAUAUUAGCAAAGGAUGAUGAUUUGACUUCCAGGGUGAGACUCUGUCCAGCAAGGUUUGCAUGUUUGAGCAGCAUUGCCCAGCAUGGAGGUGUGUAUAUUGCUAGCAGAACACUAUGAGAGAGAAUAAACGGACCACACCCGCCUAACAAUUGGCGAAUUCCACACAUGCCUAUUCACAUGCCAAGGGUUUGCAGUUUAGUGCUUCAACGUAACCACUCAUGUGUGUACAAUCUUUCUUUGCUCCCUCAGACAAACUGAAGGUACUGUUCGCUAUAUAGAGCAGAAACAGCUAAGUGGUUGGCCGCAGGGCAUGUUUGGACAACAUGCUAUUUCCGUCCCAGAUUCCAACUGGUCAUGUGUACAAAUGGUACACAGCCCAUCCUCCACACCUUCUCCUUCGUGUUCAGUGAGCACCAACAGCACAUUUUCGUCCCCCACCCCCUCCCCCUCAUCUUCCGUCGCUGUACCAGCUCAUCCACAGUCACACUCGAUGGAGCCUAACCCUCCUAUCAUUUCAUCGGUCCAACACCAAAUGCUGGACAUGCCACUUUCAAACUUCUCCACUCCACAACAACAACACCCUCCUCCUCCUCCUCCUCCUCCUCCUCCAUCGCAGGAGUGGGUGGAGAGACAGAGACAACUGGAAAACCAGAUUCAGAGACAGAAAGAGUUAUUGCAAGACCUUAUUGUGCAACAAGAGGUGCACCAGAUGAUGAUGCCUGAGCCACAAGAAAUGGCCGCAGUCCAACAAACCGAUAAAGAACCAACGCAGAACCACUUCUCCCCCCUGUCUUCGGGUUACAGCAGUUCUCUUUCGUCCCUCGCCCCCUCCCCCCUGUCUUCCACUAAUAGUGGCCACAAGGAAGAGAUGGCAUGUUUGGACAACGCCCCCUCCCCCCUGGAGUUGUCUUCGGUUAAGACUCGCUCUCUUUCGUCCCUCGCCCCCUCCCCCUUGUCGCAUGUUGGUUUAUCGACUGUUCCUGCCACUCAACCACUGCCCCUGCCACAAAUGACCAACGGUGGCCAAAACGGACCAAACACGACCACCGGAGAUGCCACAAAUGUCUCGUUCCUUGGUUCGGUCGAUUUUCUCUCGUCUGCCAGUCCUGAUAGUGCGCUGCCACUGUCUCCAGACAUUCAGGAACUUUUGCAGCAGUUUAUGUGACCGUCUGUGGCUAAUUGAAUUGCAUAUAUACUUUAAUUUGUACUCAUGUGUGAGCAAAUGUAUUUGAAAAAUCAUACAACAAGUCUCGAGGAUAAUAUCUUUAUC